UACUUGAAUCAGAGCUUAUAUAAGAUGGCAGCAAAUCCAUUUCUCUUCAAUGAAGAGCCAUUUGCUUCCCCGGGAUCAGCCGGAUCGAAUCCUUUCCUCAUGGAUGAUGAUCCCGGUCUCGAUCAUGUUGGAUUCAAUGACAAUCCGUUUAUGUCUCAGACAGCGACUACGAUUUCCACCAACCCUUUCAGUUUUGAUCCUAUGGAUCUCGAACCUGCUGAGGCUGAAGUGCCAACGAUACAAAAUACUAAUAAUACCGACCCAUUUGGAGAUAUUGAACCUAGUAGCACAGUGCCAUUCAGCGAACCAAUCACCACGCAACCCAUAAUCAGGGAAGUUUUCACCAAAGCUGAUUUUUCACAACCGCAGAAACCAUCGGAGCUGGAUCUGAAGUAUUCCCAUCAGCCAGUUACCAACGGACCUCCAAGACCUCCACCUCCUCGACCUCCACCGUCUAAAGAAACUCAAGACCUUUUGAUGUCGGUUAUGGGGGCGAUGGAUGCCACUAGCUCUAGCUUGUUGAAUAAGAUACCCCCCACCCGAAGCCCUAGUCCAGUUUCUAUGAGGGAUCUGCACUCUCCAAGCCCAACGCCUGAGCCCAGUUUUGGUGAUCUGCUUGACGUGACUGAUAAGGUUCCAGAACCUGUCUACUCGGUUACUUCAGACUUGUUUUCUCUGGGACAAGAUAACUGUGAUAUCAAUCAGAAUCCUUCAGUAGGUCAAGAAACGAUCGUACAGGCGAAACCACCAAGGCCAAGUCCCCCAGUUAGGCCACCAAAACCUCCUCUACCAGCAAUGUUCAAAAACACUCCGAAAGACGCACCACAAAGUGUACCAGUACAAAAGCCUGAUGAACCCAAACAUGAAACCGUUGAAGAGAUAGACUUUUUUGGGAUGGAAACUCCACCACAGAAGAAGGAGGUGACCAACGCUGACAUUUUGAAUCUGUAUAACGUUCCCAAACAAGAACCCGCAAAAACUGACUUGCUGUUCGAUUUAAUGGAACCAGACAUCAUCAUGCAGACACAUAGCGAUAUGACAACUCCAGCAAUACCGAAAAACAUUCAGGAAGUUUCUAAUGUCGCUUCUCCUUUGAGUCAAACCAAUGAGCUGACGAAAGAUAAUUUGAUUUCUUCAGAGCCGUCGCAAGAAGAUCUCAGGAUGGAUUUGAGUGACAGUCACAGUAAGGGUUCUGUUUCCAGUGUCACUUUCAAUCCAUUUGCUCCUACCGAGGAUAUGUCUCAAGCUAAUACACCUCAGCCAGUUUUUAUAGAGGAUAAUUUCAAAAGCGAAAUAAAUCAGAAUAACGUUCAGAAGACGAUGAACAUAUUCGACAACACCACCCAGAUUCUCGAUACAAUGAGCGGCACCGAAGAAACUUUUGGAUUUUCUGUUCAGGAAACCAACUCUACUCUCGAAGACGGAUUUCGAUCAUCUAGUGAAGCUGCUGAAACCAAAAUGUCUGCAGAUGAUUUAGCAAUGUUAGACACUACACCCGUGCCUGCAUCGUUGGCUUCGUUUGGAACCACGGAUACUACUGUUGAAUCUGGCGAUGUCUUCGGAAUAUCUACUAAGGAGGAAGUGAAACCGUCUUUGGAUAAUUUCGGGCCUUUUGGGUCUGUUGCAGAACCCAGUAACGCUUUCGAAAUAACUGAUAAUACUAUGGAAUCUUCAGCAGAUGCUUUUGUGAGUACUGAAAGUACCGUUGUAGAUGCUUUUGGUGUUACCAGUACUAGAGAAUCCAAUACUAUGGAUGCUUUUGGAGCGGUUGGAGAUGAUUUCGAUGAUUUUGCAAAAAAGUUCGACUCAGUGAAAACUGAUGAUCAGAAAAGCGACGUUUGGGGUAAUUCAUUUACGAAUACAACCGAAGUUUCUUCUGGAUUUGGUCAGGACGAUGGGUUUGAUGCAUUUUUGGCUCUCCAGGAACCUCCUUCUGUUCCGCAAAGUACUCCAAACAGGAUUAGCAAGGCUCCGUCCCAGGAGUCGGAUGAGGAUAAGGAUUUCUCCGUAUUUAUUAGACCGAAAGGCAGUGAAGAACAGGGUGGUGGUAUUCUACCGACCAUAGCACCUCCUCCUGCUCCUACCACAGCAGCUUUCAUAGAUACUUCCCCCCGCUUCAAUCCAUUCGACAAUCAGAAUGAUGUUUCAACAGAAGUUAUCCAAAAUGACAUUCCUUAUGCUGGUGACCUCAAGCGGAGUGAUUCACAAGAAACCCCUCCGACGCCACUGUUUGACGAUGACGUUUCGCAACCUCUGGAACCUUUUCCAAGGAUAAACUUCACUGGGGAUGGAUGGGAAAUGCAGCUUCGACAACCCAACAAGAAAAAAAUUACGGGACAGCGCUUCUGGAAGAAGAUAUUUGUCAAAAUCCUGCACCAAACGGAUUGUGUGUUGCUUCAAUUGUACAAUCAGAAAGAUGAUAAGGAUCCUUUCCAGGAAUUGCCACUCCAGCCCUGUUACUCUGUUUCUGAUAUAGGUGCUCAGCAGUACGACCAGUUUGGAAAAAUCUUCACCGUCAAGUUGCAGUACAUUUUCUACAAAGAAAGACCAGGAGUGAGACCUGGUCAGGUGAAGAAAGCGGAGAGGAUAACGAAUAAGUUGAGCCAGUUUGCUGCGUACGCUAUUCAAGGAGAUUAUCAAGGUGUGAAGGAGUUCGGAAGUGACUUGAAGAAGCUUGGUCUUCCCGUAGAACACGCUCCCCAGGUAUCUCAGCUGAUGAAGCUUGGUUCACUGAAUUACGAGGACCUGAAACAGUUCUCGUUUUGUAUUGAGGAAGCCCUCUUCAAGCUUCAAGCUCACAGGGACAGAGCGUUGCAUUACAAGAUGGAGGAAGUUCAGAUAACGGCUGUUGAUGAGCUCCACGUGGAGCAGGAUGCAGAAGGUCACAUUGAGAAACAGAUUGCCAGGGUACGAUUGUUCUUUCUGGGCUUUCUCACGGGAAUGCCCGAUGUCGAAUUGGGGAUCAACGACAUGCGUCGGCAAGGAAAAGAAGUGGUUGGUCGACACGACAUCAUUCCUGUGGUUACAGAAGAGUGGAUAAGACUGGAGGAAGUUGAGUUUCAUUCUUGCGUGCAACAGGAUGAUUACAAUGACACGCAUAUAAUUAAGUUCAAACCUCCCGAUGCUUGUUACAUUGAACUCUUGAGAUUCAGAGUGAGACCUCCGAAAAAUCGAGAACUUCCUUUACAGCUCAAAGCUCAAAUAUGUGUUACAGGGUAUAAAGUAGAACUUAGAGCUGACGUCCUCGUUCCAGGAUUCGCUUCCAGAAAACUAGGCCAGAUUCCUUGCGAAGAUGUGAUGAUCCGUUUUCCGAUUCCAGAAUGCUGGAUAUACCUUUUUAGAGUAGAGAAACACUUUCGAUAUGGGUCAGUUAAAUCUGCGCACAGGAGAACGGGAAAAAUCAAAGGAAUUGAAAGGAUAUUGGGAACAGUUGAAACGCUACAAGAAAAUUUGAUAGAAGUUACAUCGGGACAAGCGAAAUAUGAGCAUCAACACAGGGCUAUAGUUUGGAGAUGCCCCAGGUUACCCAAAGAAGGGCAAGGUGCUUACACUACUCAUAACAUGGUAUGCAGGAUAGCACUAACGAACUAUGAUCAAAUGCCGGAGAAGCUUGCAGACUAUUGUUACGUGGAAUUCACUAUGCCAGCGACACAAGUGAGCCACACCACAUGCAGGAGUGUUAGUUUGCAAAACACGGAUAGUGAUGAACCCCCAGAGAAAUAUGUUAGAUAUCUGGCCAGGCACGAAUACAGGGUUGGCAUAGAACACACAGAAGGAGAGUCUCCGAAUCCGUACGCUGCUGCCACCUACGUUUCUAAACCAACACCUGCACCAGCUCCCGCAGCCGUGGAUAUUCCAGCCAAGGUAGCAGAAGAAUCUAGUUCAGAUAGCGACUAAAUUCAAAAGUAUAUUUUUCCAAAAACUUACUCAUGAACUGAAGUUGUCAACUAGAACUUAGGAAUAUGAUGAAACACUAGGUUGUCAGUUGUGAUUGGUUAGUUGUAAGUGUUUUGACCUCGUUGAUAUUAUGAGCUUCAAAUUCAUGUAUGUUUCAUGUAAACGAAUUGGCUGUUUAAGGAACUAUGACCAGCCUGCAGUGUUCAUUUAGUCUUAAAUCAUGAAAAAACUAGGUUGAUAUUCUUUCAUCUCAUCAUUUAAUGUGUGGUGGUGAACUUCGAUAUUGAACUAUAAUUUUUCCAUUUUUUUAAGCUGGUUUAACAAAAUAUUGUGAUUAUAACAUAUUUCACGGGUUAGAGAAAAAUAUGAUCACUAUUAUUUCGAAAUUUGAGAAAUCAUGUUUCUCAAUGGAGCAGAAAAUUAAUUAUAACUCACUUCAAGUGAAGAAACGUACAUCUAAUCAAAUCAAAGAGGUUUCAUUCAAGCUGAAAACUUUUAUAUCCUGAAACAAUUCCAAAUAAUCUUCAAGUAUAUGAGUAACAAUCCAUGUAUAUUAUCUCGAGCAACAUUGAACGUCUAAUAAUUAGCAAUAAGAAUAGUAUAUUGGAAUUAUGUAUAACAGAUAUAUCAUGGAACGCAUGAAGCAGAAAGUGUUUUAGAAAUAAGGCAAUAUAAAUAAGGUAAGAUAAAGCUCUUUAUUUCCAACAUAUCUAUUUAUAUUUACAUGUAUAUUAUGAAAGAUACAUUAUUUUUUCGUGUAUUUUCAUACACAGCUAGAAUUACCAAAGACAAAUAACAACUAAGUAGCUAGGAGUAAGUUAGAAUAAACAGAGAGUGUAACAAUAGAAAACGUAUGAUAUAGAAUAUAUUUUUUGGAUUGUAUGACAAAAAAAAUAGUUUUUCAUUAUAGAACUGAUUCAUGAGGUAUAACCCCCUUUAUUGAUUUAUUUUCUGCAACUGAGAACUUGAUCAUUAUGUGACAAGCUCUAAAUUUUGUUGUCUACCAGAAAACAUAAAAUUUCUGUUGAAAAAGUUAUUACCAUGAUAUUAAAUGAGAACUGUUCUUUGCGAAACUUUCGAAUACAUUUCAACUCAGCACACUGAAAUAAUCAUUAAUUGGUUUUCUUCUGUCACACUCUGUAUUGUAGAACAUUAAACAAGUUUUUUCUGUUGAAUAAAUGUAGUUGAACUGCUUUAUUGUUGAAUAGUGUAGGUGUAGAUCUAGGAAAAUAUUUGAACUAUGUUAACUAGUUGUAAAAAUUUUAAUUUGGUAUUACUAUUUUUUCAACAAUUUUGAACUGGAAUUGAAAUGAUUCCAGAAGAGUCGAAUUCUAGUCACUGAUCCUCUCGUCAGACAUAGAUAUAAAUAUAUAAUAAGAAGAUAAUAUUUGUAUAAACUUUUAUUAGUAAUUCUAGAUUAUUUAACAAUUGUAACCUGGAAUUGUAUUAUUCCAGAAGAGUUGAAUCCUAGCUACUAAUCCACUCAUCAGAUGUAGAUAUAAAUAUAUAAAAAAAUAUAAUUUGAAUAUUCAACAUGAGAUAAUGAUGUACUUAAAAAUUCUAUUGAACAAUAAUGACGUAACUGAAAAAUUCAUGUAUAUUAAUGUAUGUAUUAGAAAUAAACAGUAUUGAAGCUUG